AGUUCACCUCUCACCUGUAUGUUAAUCUUAAGUGGAUAGUUUAAGGUGACUCGUUGCACAUACAUGGUACAAGGAGGGAAUUUAUUGGCCUGUGAAAAGUUAAUGAUUAUGUCUGUCUUUCUGAGACUUAACACUCUGGAAGCAAAGAGAGGAUCAUCUGCUUGCGUGGACACCUUCAACAUCUAGUGAUGACCAAGCCCAAGCCGGGAUCCCGGGUCCCUGAAGCUGAGGGUCCAGAUGGAGGCUGGGGCUGGGUGCUGGUCAUCGCCAUGUUCGUGAGUACGAGCCUGGUGUUUGGUCUGAUGCGUAGUUUGGGGAUCUUCUUUGUGGAGUUUGUGCAAUACUUUGAGGAGAGCGCUCAGGCCAUCUCCUGGAUCUCAUCCACGGGCUUGGCGGCUCAGCAGUUCUUCAGUCCCUUGGCUGCAGCGCUGUGUAAUGCAUAUAACGCCCGGGUGGUGGUGAUGAUGGGGGGCUGCCUCUCUGGACUCGGACUCAUACUUGCCUCACAGGCCUCCUGCCUUGUUCACCUCUAUCUCACUAUGGGAGUCAUAUCAGGUUUGGGUUGGGGCUUCGUCUUCACUCCCAUGUUGGCGACAGUCAUGGCUAGCUUCACUCGCCGACGCACUCUAGCUUUAGGAGUGGGCUUCUCCAGCAUCGGGCUCUCCUCCUUUGCCUUUAACCCUCUCUUCCAAUUUUUGAUAGAGAUGUACACCUGGCGGGGAGCCCUGCUAAUUCUGGGGGGCCUUAGCCUCAAUAUUGUGGCCUGUGGAGCUCUAAUCCGCCCUAAGAGGAGACCUAAAUCUCCAGAGAAGGUGGAGACAGACAGUAGGUUUUCAUGUUCUGCUACUCUGUCACGCGUCUACUCCUACCUGGAACUGUCGCUGCUGUUUGAAAGGCCUUAUGUCACCUACACCGUUGCCAUCAAUCUCCUGAACCUGGGCUACUUUGUGCCUUAUUUCCACCUGGUGGCCCACAGCCGUCAGGUCGGCUUCUCAGAGUACGAAGCCGCUUUUAUCAUGUCAGCCGCCGGCACUACUGAUAUAUUGGGCCGCGUGGCAUCGGGAUGGUUCUCGGAUCUGCGUUACUUUCGGCUGAUCCAUUUGCUGAGUUUCUGGACAAUUCUGGCGGGGAUUUUCAUCAUGCUGCUGCCUGUGAGCUCCUUGUCCGGCUCCUACCUGGCUCUGGUGGUGAUUAGUCUCCUCUAUGGUUUCUCCUGUGCGGCUUUGUCUUCUUUGGUGUUUGCAGUGGUGCCCCAGAUUGUUGGUGUUGAGCGCGUGAUGGGAGCCCUCGGGCUGCUUCAGCUGAUUGAGAGUUGUGCCGGACUGCUGGGAGGACCGCUGUCCGGCUUUCUGAAAGACGCCACAGGGAGCUACAUUGCGUCCUUCGUUGUGGCGGGCUGCUUCCUCGUCCUCAGCACCUUGACCAUGGCCACUCUGCCGUCCUACUUCACGUGCACAGAUCCGCCACCCCCUCGAAGACAUUCUCAGUAUGACACAAGUAAAGAGUUGCAACAGUUGCAUCAUUUACCUGCCUUUGAAGUGAAUCCAGACUGAGCAGUGACAGGUGACACGGUUGUAAUGUUUAAAAGGUGUCAAAGGUCUCGUUAAUGUCUUCACACAGUGCUGGUGUUUAUGUUUACUAAUGUUUGACAGCUGGGGAGCUGAAAAGUGUUUGUUAUUUUAACUGAUAGUUUGAAUGACAAUUUUUUAAUUUUGUUAAAGUGUGCUAAGUGUGACAAGAAUGUAUUUAAAAGUGCACACGUUUAACUUUUAAAUCUCCUGUGUGUAGAUUUUUAACUAAUAAUAGUAAUU